AUGUCUCAGUCUGUUAUUCGCGUCAAUGGCCCGCGGAACUCUGUCCGGAACCUGAAGGACUUCAAAGAAGAGAUUCCUGUGCCUAGCAAGCAUGAGGUCUUGGUGAAGGUCCACUCGGUAUCCAUCAACUAUCGCGACAUUGGCGUCGCUAACUCGGCCUACCCAUUCCCUGUCAAAGACAAUGUUAUCCCUUGCUCUGACGCUGCUGGCGUUGUUGUUGCCGUUGGCGAAGGUGUGAAGAGUCACUCCAAGGGCGACCGCGUUAUCAGUACUUUCGACCCAACCAAUCUCUACGGCCAGCAGAUGGAUUGGCUUAAUGGUCACGGUGGCCCUGUGGAUGGAGUUCUGCGUGAAUACUUUACCAUUCCUGCCGCUGCCGCUGUGAAGCUGCCCGAGAACUCUCCCCAGAGCUUUUCCGAAUGGUCUACCUUGGUCUGCACUGGAGUGACCGCAUGGAACGCACUUUAUGCUCUUACUCCCCUGAAGCCGGGCCAGAUCGUCCUCGCCCUCGGAACCGGUGGUGUGUCUAUUACUGGUCUUCUGUUUGCCAAAGCGGCAGGCUGUACCACCAUCAUCACCUCUUCCAGUGAUGAGAAGCUCAACGCUGUGAAGUCCAAGUUUGGCUUCGAUUAUACCGUCAACUACAAGACCAAUCCCGAGUGGUCCAAGGAAGUCCUGCGCCUGACUAACGGCGAGGGUGUUGACUACGUUCUUGAGAACGGUGGAUCCGGCACUAUCGCCGAGAGCAUUAAUUCCGUGAAGAUGGGCGGUAAUGUGUCGGUUAUUGGCUUCCUGUCCCAGGCUAAUGAGAUGCCUGACGUUGCUACCCUUGCUUUGGCUAAGGGUGCCGUCGUCCGUGGUGUUGUUGUUGGCUCUACUCAGCUUUUGCAGGAGGUCGUGAGGUUUGUUGCUCGCAAGGGAAUCCGCCUCCCGGUGGAGAAGGAAUUCGGUUUCUCUGCUGAGGAGACGUCCAAGGCUUAUGAAUAUGUUCUAUCGGGUUCUCAUAUUGGCAAGGUAUGCAUCAAGGUUUCUGAAUGA